AUGAAGGGCAGACAUCAGUUCCGCAGGCGAUUCAGCUUGCAACCCUCCUUUCUUAAAGAAGAGCCCGAUGAUGAAAGCCAUCAUCCGAGUUCUAGAGUUCUCAGGUCGCAGAAGAGUGAGGAUGUGGAAUCCCUUGAGAAAAACGACAGCGUCCCUCCCGUCAAUAACGCCCGACACAAGAUAGUAGUGAUGGGAGCCGCAAAGGUCGGCAAGUCUUCCAUAAUAACCCAGUUCCUGUACGGAAGCUUUUCUCCUAAAUAUAAACGCACAGUAGAAGAGAUGCAUCAUGGAGAUUUCAAUGUUUCCGGGGUUCACUUAACCCUGGAUAUUCUCGACACCUCUGGAGCAUACGAGUUUCCUGCCAUGAGGGCCUUGUCUAUUUCAUCAGCGGAUGCUUUUAUAUUAGUUUACGAUGUAACUGACACUUCUACAUUUGAAGAAGCCAGAGCACUAAGAGACCAAAUUUACGAAACAAAGUGUUCCAAUAAUGUACCUAUAGUCGUUGUUGGAAAUAAAAUAGACUUAACUGGAGACAGAGAGGUGAGUAGAUUGUUUUUUCAAGUUUCAUUAUUAAUGGGGCGACUAAUAGGGCGUUAA